AUGGAGGGCCAAGAGUUUUCAGGUUCAUCCGUGUUAUCUGAGGUGACGCAGGACAAGACAGAAAUGUCCACUUACUCCGAAGCCUUCCCGAAACCCUUAGUGCUCAGGAUUCUCGAUUUGCAGAGCGAUAUUAAGGAGUCAGAGGAGGAGACCAGGGAGGAGGAGGAGGAGGAGCCGGAGGAGGAGGAGGAGCCGGAGGAGGAGGAGGAGCCGGAGGAGGAGGAGCAAGACUGGGACUACGGAGGCGACGAGGACGAGGACGGCGGGUACGAUGAGGACUACAAGUACGACGAGGACGACGAGUAUGAGGAAUUCGAAGAACCCCCUGAGCCUAUCGAACCCAACAAGUCCCGCAAACCCUCCGGGCCCCACGAAACUUACGGACUCCGCAAACUCUAUGAGGACGACACACUCCUCGGGGCCCAGGAAUCCUACACAUCCUCCGAGCCCCAGGAGCGGGGUGCACGUCACAAGCUCCUUGGGUCACCUGAACAGCACAAGAUCCGCAAGGCCAGUGAACCCCAGCCCCACGAGCGCAGCCAACCCCGCAAGCCCCACGGGGCCAAGGAGUUAAGGUUGCUUCCCAAAAGCUCGGUGAUGUUCUCCCCAUCUGUGAUCACCAGAUGCCCGCCACGACCUCAGGAGAAAUUUCUUUAAGCAGACCCUGCUGCCUGUGACUUUAUAAAGAAAUGUUUUUUUUCUAGAAAGAGAAUCCAAGGUCUUUCUGAGCCUAAAAGACAAUGGGGAACCCCAGACAGAAAACUAUUUUGGGGAAAUCAAGAUCCUAUUUGCCCUAUUUCCGAGAGUGCUUUGAAGGCUCAGCUAACCAAAAGACUUAAAGACCUUGCUCAUCCCAAGCAAGUCUCCCAGCACUAUGUACCUAACAGGGCCCAGUAUUACUACAGUUGUGGAAGAGAGUCUGUAAUUUGGACAAUACCUCAUUCUGCAUUGUUUAUCCAGCCGUCUAAAAGGAUCCAGAGUCUGGCACAGCCCAACAGAUUCAAAAGACUGCCUCUACUAAAUCGGUCCCUCAAUGAUAAUGUAGUAAGAAGUUCUCUUCAAGUGCCUGAUCCUUCACCCCGGGUUUUACGACUGUCAAUUGCCAAAAGCGUAGAUCCUAAUUAUGUUCCUCCAAAAAAUAUUGAAACUAAGAUUUCAGCGUCUGCCCUGAGUGCUAUCGCAACUCCAAGAAUCUUAGACCUUGCCCACCCAAAGAUCAAGUCAGAGGGUCUAUACUAUGAAAGACAAAGAAGUGAAAUGCCCAUCCGUCCUGUAUCCCCGGCAGCCAUGAUCGCCAUACCUAGCUCCCGAACGAUAGAUCUAGCUAAGUCCAAGCCUGUCCAUCAAGAUUACCUACCUGCCCGUGAUGCCCGAUGGCCAGUGUCUUAUGCUGCCACCCAUUCUGCAAUAUCUCCUAGAAUUCAGGAACUAGCUAAUCCAAGUUCAAGGGUGCCUAUGCAUAUUCUAUUUUAUGAUCCAAAUGUCUUUAAAGUCAAGCCGGCAGCUUUGAAAGCACAGUGUUCUUCAAGGAUCCAGGAGUUGGCAGAACCUAUUGUACGCUAAACAUAAAAAGUCACCGCCGUCAGA